AUGGCCAUGGGAAAUCAAACCAUGGCCUACCAGCCUGCAGGAAGGCUUAGGUUCGAUGACCAGUACCCCUCAAGACCGCGACGACAGUUGGUUUGGGUCAGACAUCCUACGCCCAAGAGAAUGCAAACGAAGAAGCACCUGACGGAUAUGAUUGACCCCGAGACGGGCGAACACCAGGCCUGGACUGACAACACAUUGCCUGGUCAAGUGGAGAUCUCGGAAUGGGAUAUCAGCAAGCCUGAUGCGGAUAUUUACCCCAAGGCAAUUCAAGUCAUGAGCGUCGGAUACUACAUCCCGAAAACCCACAAGCCGGAGCAAAACAACUUCACGUCCGACCGUAUCAUUCAAAGGACCCUCGCGGGACCUUGCUUCCGAGUUGGAUUGCCUUUGGCUUCCGCGCCCAGAAGCGCUCCGACCACCAGCUCUAGCAGAGCUGCAAAGGCAGAUAAGGUCUCAGGAAAUCGCACGUAUGCCCUGGUGUUGGUGGGCACAGGGGUCGAUGGUGCCCCUCCUGUCGGUUAUAAUAUUCCUGGUGGCAGAUCACAGAUUUUCUUUCACCCUGAGUGGCUUGAAGGCGUCAACUUGAGUAACGUAUCAGACACAGUCAGCGAUCACGCGAUUCAGAACGCUUGGAAUGUUGGCUAUGCUGCCUUGACUGCCAAAAUGCCCAAAUCCAUCAAUGGCAAUCUAACCAAGGAGACCGACGAGAGCGAGGCUCUUCACCAAUUGGACAAGAUGAUGGCCCCUAUCAACUCCGCCGAGACCCAGAAACAGAAGACUGCCGCUGCCGCAAGAGUGGCUCAACGGCUGGCGCGCAUGGUAAAUUCGACGUCGAGCCCUCUCCAUCAGCGGUAUCAGCCUAUCAUGGACCUCACGCGCGCUGAGACAAUCAUCUCCAUGCCCCAGGCAGAGUCUGCUCUCUCCCAGACUCAGACCAUGUGGCCACGCACUUUCGAGCAUCCCAAGGCCGCGACCCUCGACGCGAAGUUCAUUCAGAAACUCUCUUUCAUCUUAUGCAGCCUCGAAAACGACGUUUCCAUCGAUCACAACGAGUUGGGAAACGUGCUUUGCGUCCUUGUGGAAAUGCUACCGGCCGGAGACAUGCCAACCAGCGAAGACGUCCAAAGAGCACAGGACUUGCUCCGCCGUCUUUACCUGAAUAACAGACCCCCCAGGCAGCACCCGCUUAUCGUCAACCUCGAAGUUGCAGCUAACAAUGACAACAGCAGAAAUAACGAUGCGUUUGGUGCUCGCAUGGACGAGGAGGAAGACAUCUACAGCCCUUGA